AUGACGACGCCGGACGACGACGCGGACGUCGUCGCGCCGCCGCCGGUCCUCCUCCCCGGCGGGCGCGUCGAGAUGCGCGUCGACCCGGCGAGAGGCCGGCACCUCGUCGCCGCGGUGGACAUGCGCGCGGGCGACGAGGCGCUCGUCGCGCGCCCGUACGCGUGCGCGCUGCACGACUCGCAGCGCGCGGCGCGGUGCGACCACACGUUCAAGCGCGCGGACGACGGCGGCGCGCUUCUCCGCUGCGCGCGAUGCAAGCACGCGCGGUAUCUCGGCCGAGACGCGCAGGCGGCGGCGUGGAAGCGCGGGCACAGGGAGGAGUGCGCUGCGAUCGAAUCGGCAGCCAAGGGCGGACGCGUCCCUCCCGCGACCGCGCGCAUGGCCGCGCGCGCGCUGUGGCGCAAAGCGCGCGAGGAGAAGGAGAAGAGCGACCGGGAGAAGAAGAACGCCGACGACGCCGACGACUCCGACGCCGCCGACGCGCGCGACGACGCCGAGGACGUCGCCGCGGCCGCCGCGAUGGGCCUCGGCGAGGGCUACGACGCGCUCCGAUCGCUGACGCAUCAUUGGGACGACACCGACGCGCUGCCGCCCGCGAGGAAGGCGACGUUCGCGCAGAUGGCGAUGCUCACGUGCGCGUACAUCGCGCGCGUCCUCGACCCUUCCGCGGCGGCGAACCCGAAGCACGACCCGAAGUCGCCAAACUUCGUGGACCCGCUCGCGGGGGGCCCGGACCCGAGAGACGUCGCGCGACUCCUCGCCGCGUUCGCGUGCAACGUCCACACGAUCCACGACGACGAACUCAACCCCGUGGGCAUGGGCGUGUACCCCACCGCGGCUAUGAUGAACCACGCGUGCGCGCCGACGGUCGCGCAGACGUUCGGGGAGGGGACGACCGCGACGUUCCGGUGCGUGCGGGACGUGAGGAAAGGAGAGGAGAUUGCGAUCUCGUACGUGGAGCUGUUGGCGACGCGCGCGGAGAGACGCGCGGAGCUGUUGAAUCACUACCGGUUCGACAUCGACGGCGACAUCGGCGCGCCUUCGCCGCUCGACGAUCAUUCACGCGCGACGCGGACGAAGCUGCCGUGCGGCGCGGUGUUCGUAGACCACGGCGCGGACGCGCGUUAUCCGCCGUGGCGGACGGACGCGGUGGACGAUGAACAUUUGACCGCGGCGCGCGGCGGUGGCGGCGUCGUCGUCGUCGUCGACCAGUCGCGACGCGACGGCGACGGCGCCGCGGCGGAAUCCGAGACCGAGGACGAAUCGUCCGAGGACGAGGACGACGAGCCGCCGAUCGAUUACUCCGGCGGGUUGGGCGGCGGCGCCGCGGGUCCCGGUCGCGCGGCUCGCGCCGACACCGACGCCGACGCCGACGCCGACGCCGCGCCGAGACGACCGAGAGGAAACGGCGUCGAGGUGCACGGCUGGGGCGCCUGGGGCGGCGCGGACCGCGCGCGCACCGCGUCGCGCGUCGCGGAAGCGUCGCGGUGCCUCGACGCGGCGACGAAGUUCCUUCGAGACGAGUCCGACCACGACACCGCGGAGAAGAUGCUGACGCGAGCGGAAGACCUCCUGAACGGCGACGACGACGCGUCUUUUGGAGUCGGAUUCGCCGCCGCCGUGGGCGACUGCCACGUCCUUCGCGUGCGCGUGCGCGCCGCGGCGCUGCGCGCGGCGAUCGACGCGCGGGACUUUCCGCGCGCGCUGACGCUCGCGCGCUCGCUCGUGAAGCCGCACGAGCAGUGUUACCCGGAGAAUUAUCCCCCGCGGGGGUUGCACCUGGCGCUGUUGGCGAAGACGGAGGCGCACGUCGGCGAGCUCGCGGCGGCGGCGAUGACGGCGCGCGAGGCGCUGACGGCGCUGACGGCGUCGCACGGGGCGACGUCGCGCGUCGCGCGCGAGAUGGAGCGCGUCUUGAACGAGAGCCUCGCGGAGCUGCGCCAGAAUCGGGAUCGGGAUCGAAACGCUCGCGGCGGGAACGGGAACGAGCUGAGGACCUCGGAGGAGAGGACGCUGAAGAAAGGGGCGUUCGUUCACGCGUCGGACGCGAGCGGCGGCGGCAGGUCGGACCCGAAGUGGAGCGACGGGCGCUGGGACGUCAUCGCGAACGCGUCCUCCUCCUCGGACGACGACGACGACGACGACGCGGUCGCGGUCGCGACGACGCGUCGCGCCGUCGUCGCCAAGCCGCCGCCCGUCGAGUACCCGCGCGUCGCGCCCGCGGUCUUCGAGCUCCCGGACGAGGACGGCGCGGAGAAGAUGGAUCUCGACCCCGAGCUCGUGGAGGGGUGUCGGAUGUCGCGGCAGAUGUCGCGAGAGAUCGACGCGCGGGUUAAGCUCAAGGAUUUCGAAUUCGACGGGAACGGGGUCCCCGCGGAUCUCGCCGCGCUGAUGCGGGAUCCGGAGAAGCUCGAGGCGUUCAAAGCGCGAUACGAGAGCGCGAUGAAAGACCCGGAGACGGCGGCGUUGGUGGACGAGACGAUGGCGAAACUCGCGGCGAAGAUGGAUGAGACGUAGAGAAGACGCGGCGCUACUCGCCGCGUCGUUCGUUUUCUCGUUUCAAUCGACGGAUAUUUUCUC